UUGAAAUUGUCUUUUUAAAGUGUACAAUAUUUCUUAAUCAUUAAAAUGCAUCUUCUUACUAGUUGCAUAAUUUUAUUAUUGGGUUUAUUCUUCUGUGUCAUGGGCGAUGAUGAUAAAUCCAAUUGCAUUAAAGAAUGUCCAUAUGAUUUCAAGCCAGUUUGUGCAACCAUUGAAGAUCUGGAAGGCCAGCCGAUAGAUUGUAACUUUGGAAAUGAUUGUAGUUUGGAAAUUUUUACGUGUAUGUAUGGCAAGAAAGAAACUGAAAAAAAAUCGGAACCUUGCGAAUCUCAGUCUCCUAAAUGUAAUGAUGUAAGGAUGAGUUUCAAAGGAUCGGAAGAAGAAUUGGUGUUUUAACAACAUAUUUUUCAUAAAAAUUAAGAAAAUAUUUUAAACUUACAAAAAAAUGUAAAACAAAGUAAAAAAGUAUUUUUGAAAUCAAUUUAUAACAUGUAUAAAAAAGUUUUAAUUAAAAAAAAAACAUUUUUAUUUUGUUUUUCAAAUUGUAUC